AUGAUGCUGAACGACAGCUGGACCAUCAUGAACAACAGCAGCUCCGAGCUGGACAGCAAACGGCCAAUCAGAAACAAGAAAUGCUGCAGCGUCCUGUUGUGGUCAGGCUUCGUGUUGGUUGCCGUGGCAGCAGUUGUCACAGCAGCAGUCACCAUCCUGCACGUGAACCAGUAUCCUCUACCCUUCAUCACCAGGGGCGGAGUCUCUUCCUCGUCUCCCAUCAUCUCGACCAAUCCCAGAGAGUCUGGCGCCCUGGUGACGGUGUCCCGUGUCACAGACGGGGAGCCAAUCAGCAUCUUCUUGGACCCGAACUGUCCGGACCACAGCGAGCACUUCCUGCGGUGGGAGGGGCUGCAGAGCUCGUUGCUCCGGGCGCUGACCAAUCACAACGCAGGAGACUGGCAGGAGAGGGGAUUGGUCCAGAAGCUGGGGGAGGAGCUCAAGGUGUUAUCAGGCCACGCCCACAACAUGAGGCUAGAAGCUGAUUCGCUGAAAAGAGGUCAAGGUGUUCUGGACCAACGAUUGGACGCUUUGCAGAGCGAACAGAGCCGCAUCAUACAGCUGUUGACAGACAGUCACUCAGGUGUGCUGAAGUUAGCUUCCGGCUUCACGGACUCUCUGCUGAGACUGCAGGCGGAGACAGACAGUCUGAGGAGGCUGAGGAGUGAGACAGGUGAGACAGGUGAGACAGCGGUCAGACCCAGGGACUGCAGUGAUGUCAUGGCGUCUGGCGGCUCUCAGGAUGGAGUUUAUUCCGUGUUUCCGACUCACGACCCCGACGGCUUCAUGGUUUACUGUGACAUGACGACUGAUGGAGGAGGCUGGACGGUGAUCCAGAGGAGGGAGGAUGGCUCUGUUAAUUUCUUCCGAGGCUGGGAGGCGUACAGAGAUGGCUUCGGCAAAACUACAGGAGAGCACUGGCUGGGUCUCCAGAGGAUGUCCUCUCUCACCAGGUCAGGUGGUUAUGAGUUACGUAUCGACAUGGCAGACUUCGAUAACGCCACAGCGUUCGCUCUCUAUGCAGAGUUCUCUGUCGGCCGCGACUCCGUCAACCCUGAAGAGGACGGAUACCCUCUGACUGUGGACGAGUACUCUGGGACCGCAGGUGAUUCCCUCCUGAAGCAUUCUGGGAUGCAGUUCACCACCAAAGACCGGGACCAGGACCAGUCAGAGAACAACUGUGCAGCGUACUAUCAGGGAGCCUGGUGGUACCGGAACUGUCACACCUCCAACCUGAACGGCCAGUACCUGCGAGGAGGCCACGCCUCCUACGCUGACGGCGUGGAGUGGUCCAGCUGGACGGGCUGGCAGUACUCUCUGAGGUUCACUGAGAUGAAGAUACGACCCCGACCCAAGCCUGACCUUUGA